AUGCACCGCCGAACGCCCCUCCUCCGAUUCCAGCUACUGCAUCUUUGUCCAACACUUCUAACCGCCCGCCAAAUCUUCCCUUUUCCGCACGUUGCUGUCGCUCCUCCAAGACUGAAGAUCCUAGGAGCCUGCCUAGGCACAAUCGUCUUGCUGACUGUCUGCAUCCUCCUCAGCGUCUACGAUGGUCGUUCCCAACCUUCAAUCCGGUGGGGCAUCACUCUUAAUGCUGUUCUUGCGUUGCUUACAACUAUUAUGAAGGCUGCGCUACUCAUAAUCGUCGCCGAAGGCCUCAACCAGGAGAAGUGGGCGCGUUUUGCAAAUCGACCGCUAUGGAAAUAUCCUCUGAGCGACUCUCAAACCUUGACUAUGCGAGCCUGGGUGGAUUUGGGAGCUUGUCUAUGUGAGGUUGGCGAGGGGGAAUGA